AUGAUUUUUGUCGAAGUGAUAGCGAACCCGUCGAUGGCCAUGCCGAAUCUCAUUGACGUCAUCGAAUUGGCGAAGAGGAAACAAGUGCUGAGCUUCGUGGAUGCGACGUUCGCCUCACCGAUUUGUGUCCAGCCGAUCGUUCUUGGGGCUGAUUUCUCUAUGCACAGCUGCUCGAAGUACAUUGGAGGACAUGCAGAUGUGAUUGGAGGAUGCGUAACAACUCGUACACUUGACCAAUGGAAACGCCUUAAACUACAGCAACUUACCACCGGCAGUGCCUUGUCGCCAUUCGAUGCCGCUCUGUUGGCUCGUGGACUGAAGACCUUGCCAUUGCGAGUUGAUAAGAUCUGUUCAAACGCUCACCACAUUGCGCAAUUCCUUGCUAAGCAUCCGAAGGUGCAAUUAAAAUACUUUUAUGAGUUUUGUGACAAGUAA